GCGUCGAGCGUUUGAUUUGGCCGAAACUUGUGAUUUAAAAGAUUCCUGGAUCAAAUGAUGGAGAAGUUCGUUCGUAUGGUCCGGGAAGAAGAGCUCAGUUCGCUUGUGGAUAUAAAGUGCGUUCCAUUUCCAGGCAUAAAGUGAAAAUGAAGUUUUUUGCAGAACUCCCGCCAACGGAUUGCAGUGCUUUGAAAUUUAAAACCACUCGAAUCGAGCAGUAGUGAAACUCUUCUUGUUCUGCUUCUUCUUGUUUUUUUCUGACAUUUGACGCAUGAAAUAAACAAACAAACUUGGAAAAAAUCUCAGCAACAAUUUCACGCGAAUUCACGAUUUCGGAAGCGAAAAUUCGAGACAGUGAAGCACGCGAGUACACGAGAAGAAAGCAUUUGUUUUCGAGUGAACAUUGUGGUGAUCCUGCGCCAUAACCGAAAUGGCGCACAACGGUGCACUCGACGAGGGUGUGAAGACAAGCGAGCGAGCCGGUGACAGGGGCGGCGGAAGAAGCAAACCGGCCGGAUCUUCCGUGAAUGGCGGCGAAGCGCUGAGCAACGAUUCCGCCGCGCCUACUCGCAUAACGUCCAACUUCAUCGCUCGCUUAAUCGGACCUGAGCAGACGCUUCUCAUCGGCGAAGAUAUGGUCGUUGUUGGCCGCAACUCAUCCACCUCGCGGGUUGACUUCCAUGUCGCCGAUAGCAGCUUCGUAUCCCGCAAACACUACAUCAUCAAGCGCGGGGAGGGCAAUGAUUUUACUCUGCUGUGUCUUAGCAAGAAUGGCCUGUUCCUCGACAACAAGCAUAUUCCGCAAAGUAUCCAGCCGUACCAGCUGCCCCCGUACUGCACCAUCCGUUUUCCGAGCACAAGAAUGGAACUCAAGUUCGAGAACAUGAUCGGUAAAACGCUCGAUCUAGGUGACGCUCUACUGCCACCCGGAUCUCUUGGAUCCCUGAAUCUCGGCAAAGGAAACACCGUUCCCGUUUCGUCGCCAGGAAAUAAGAGCUUGUCGAACAACGCAAAACCAUCUAGUAGUCGCGCUAAGCCGUCACCCUACAGUCUGCAAGUAGCAAUUCCUGCCGCUGGUGCUGAAGCCGGUUGGGAAACUCGUGAGGAUGCCGGCAGAUUCAUGGACAGCGGUUAUCAGUCACCGACGAUUGCGACGAGUGCUAACAAUAGCCGCAGCGUUAGUCCGCGGCAGGGAGUUUCACCAGCAACUCAAAACGCAGAGGAGGAGAAACCACCGUACAGCUACUCCCAGCUGAUCGUGCAGGCAAUUGGUUCGUCCCCGGAUAAGGAGCUCACCCUGUCCGGUAUCUAUGCGGCCAUCAUGAAGAGCUACCCCUACUUUCGCAACACUACCAACAAAGGCUGGCAGAACUCGAUUCGCCACAACUUGAGCCUCAAUCCUUACUUCAUCAAGGCACCCCGACGACAGGAAGAUUCGGGCAAAGGUUGCCUCUGGCGUCUCGACUACAGCGUGGAAGCGAAAUUGAUUGGUCAAAGUUUCCGCAAGCGGCGCCAGCGUUGGUCCGGUUCCCGCUCCAAGGUCAACUCGGCACCCACUUCGCCCAUUCGCGUCAUCCCGGGGGACCCGUUGUACAUCCCGGAUCCCACGGAUAAUGAAACUGCUCGGGCAUUGGCUGGCAUCAUCGGAUCACCGGAUCACAGUGUCGACGUUUCGCAGGACGAAUUCCAAGGCUUCGGCCAGCAGCAGGAAGGAUCGAACCACCACGAUCAGUACAGCGCUGAGGAGACCAUCGUCGUCACAUAUGCCAGCGAUAUUGAAGAAUCGGAGGGUAAACGUAUGAAGAUGUAAGUGGUCGCGUCAAGGGCGCUCUUAAGGAUACUAGAUUCCGAGGCGCUUUCCUGCGAUUAACGAUUCGAUAUUUGUUUCAUUCGUUCUCUACUUUAUGAAGCAAUAAAUCUGCAUCAAUAAUCAGG